UCCAUUGAUUAUUAUGAACAUUUGCACAAACAACAAUUUCAAACUCCACAACAAAAAUCAUCAAGAGGACAUCCCACGGAAAUUUCAAUACCAAUUUAUGAGGAUAACAUACGUUUUCCAUUGUACCCGACACCUCCACAGCCACAAAAUUCGCUUUCGGAGAGAGCUGCAACUCGAAAUCAACGACCACCACAACCUUUCCCACAACCACCAAAUUUAUAUAGGUUGUCUUUGCAAUUAACAACGGAAUUAGAUAUUCAGAAGUGGUGGGAUAAUGUAAUCGAAAUAUUUUCAUCUUCGUACUGUGCAACGCGCAUUUUGCUUUCAGUCCCGCAUGAUUUAACCGACACGAUAAAUACCUCCUGGGGCGUCAAAGCAAUUUACAAUAAAGAAUAUUGUUGUCACGGAAACUUGUGUUGUCAAGAUAGUAUUGAUAGUUGUUCGUCAUCAUCUUCAAGUGAUCCCGUACAUCCCGUAUACGAAAAUUUGAGGGAGUUCGAUAAUGUUGAUCCUCUGGUGGAUAAUCAAGGAAUCAUAAGAAUUUUGCAAAGCGGAAAUAUCGAGGUUUUGACGAGGGAGUACAAGCUGCAAGAUGAAGGAGAACACAGCGUCAGCAGCUCUAAUGACGAGAAUAUAAAACUUAACACUCAUAGAUUCAUCAACAAGCAUCAAAGCAGUGAGCCUCAUCAAAAAAAUUCGUCAGAUGGAACAUCGACCAACGGAAUCAAUCGAAAUGAGAUUUCAGAUUCUCUUGCUAUAUGGCCACAAGUAUUAGACACCCCUAGUCUAAAUGAUCUGGAGGAGGGUCAAAGUAGUUAUUUUCAAAAUAGCGAACUCUUCAACCAAGAAAAUGCACCGAAUGAUCACCAUCACCACCAUCAAAGAUUAGCCUCGGAAUUUCUGGAAAAACAACAACAACAACUUUCACCUUGGACCGAACCAAGUCUUAUCAACGAGAGAAGCGGAAAUCCUUUCUUUCGACCUCAAACACUGCCGGAAAUUAGUGAUGAAUCGUUUAAUUCAAACAUUACGUUCUCGAACCCACUUCAUAGCAAUGACUCUCACCCGAUGAUCGCGGACAACAUUUGCUCAAUUGUACAUAUACCUCUCAUUCAUCCCACCACUGUAAAAAAUGUUGUGCCCACAAAUACAAAUCAUACGCCUGUACCAAUAGCUAUUCUUUCUUUUCUUUCAUGCAUUGUACCAUAUCCACAAGAGUUGCUAAAAUCUCUGAAAUUUUUGGCACCCUUCUUGGCAACAACUUUGUCGUUCUCAAUGAUACAUCAGCAAAUAUAUGUCAAUUCAAUUAGGGAGAGACGUCGUCGUAACAGUCAACGGUCAAGCGUGACGACGAUUCCUUUGUCAGUCGCUCCUGUGGACGAUGAUGAUGAGUGCAUGUCAUCUGGAUAUUCAACAUCAUCGUCAAACUCUUCAAAAUGGGAAUAUGCCACUGUCUUCUCGGCCACCUAUGGUCACAGUCCAGGCGAGGAUUCAGGGGAAGAGGAUCCUUUCAACGUAUAUAAAAAUAUAUCUUCACGCACGGAUAGCGACGAAUUCACCCCAGAAUCCGAGAAUAUAACUUACGAUGUCUCUCCCUUUAAUCCUUCGGCACCACAAAGGCCAGUUAAAAGUCGUAGGGUUUCGUUGCCGGCCGAUCAUUCGUUACGCCGUAAAAGGCGACUAUCAAGAAAUUUAAAAGCAUUGAGUACAGGAGGAGAUUGCAAUUGGGUAAACAUGCGAUUGCUUAAAUACACUGGUCGUUCCAUUGAUGAUCUGUUGGGUCAUGGGUGGAUGGAGGUUGUACAUCCCGAGGAUAGGCCGCGUGUUUUGGAAAUGUGGAGAACAACAUUUUCGCGUGGUGAGGGAUCAAGUGCAGAAUAUCGCAUGCGCAGAUUUGAUGGUCAAUAUCGCUGGUUUCUUGGUCGCGCUGGUCCCUUGCGUGAUGCGAGGGGUGUGAACAUUCGAUGGUUUGGAACUUGUACCGACGUUCACGAUCAAAAGUUGGCAGAACAAGUUCAGAACAGGCAACUACACAUUGAAGCCAACGAAAAGAAGUAUCGACUUCUUGCCGAAGCCAUACCUCAGAUAGUGUUUACUGCCACGCCCAAAGACGGAAUAACCUACGUCAAUAAAAAAUGGCUGGAUUAUUCUGGUCAAACAGAAGAAGCAGCGAAGAAUCAAGGAUUCUUAUUUCACGUUCAUCCUGAUGACCGAAAUCGCUGUCGUUUACCAGAAGAGAAGGGUUCGGACCAAAUGAUAUAUUCGACUGAAGUACGCCUGAUGCGAAAUGAUGGGGAACACAGGUGGUUUCUGGUAAAAUGCAUUAGUGUGGAAGUUUCGGAUCAAGGUCGUAAGUGGUUUGGUACUUGCACUGACAUUCAUGACCAUAAGAUGGUAGAACAAAAGCUCAAAGAGGCACACGAUGCUGCAAAGAGAUCGACGGAAAGCAAAACGAGAUUUCUAUCUAAUAUGUCUCAUGAGAUUCGUACACCGCUCAUUGGCAUUACCGGUAUGAUAAAUUUCAUGCUGGCCACCAGCCUUACGGUAGAGCAGCUCGAUUAUGCGCACACCAUUCAACAAUCUGCCGAUGCUUUGCUCCUAGUUAUUAACGAUAUCUUGGAUUUAAGCAAGGUCGAGGCAGGAAUGAUGAAAUUGGAGAUGGAACCUUUCUCUGUUCAUAACAUGAUCGAGGAUGCCAACGAAUUACUCUCAACCUUGGCGAUUCAAAAAGGCCUUGAAUUGAGCUUCAUUGUGGAUGACAAUGUUCCAGAAAAUGCGAUAAAGUUCACGUCAAAGGGUGAAGUCUUUUCUCGUUGUUCGAUAUACUCGACGCCGGAUGUUGAACUUAACGAAAACGAGGUUUUGCUGCUGUUCGAGGUGGUCGACACCGGCGAUGGUUUUGAUACAGAGGAGGAGGCAGUCAUGUUUAAACCAUUCUCGCAGUCAACAAGAAAACAUGGUGGCAGUGGGCUUGGACUGGUCAUAUCUAGGCAACUUAUAGAACUACAUGGCGGAAAGAUGUCAUGCAAAAGUAAAAAGGGCGUUGGGUCGACGUUUUAUUUUUCCGCCAAAUUCAAUAUACCUGCCGAUUCCACGGCUCCUCGUCCACCGACCCCAACCUCCGAAGUUUCCAAUUCACCAUUCUUCCGGCACAGCAAAGUUUCCGUUCAGUCAAAGUCGAUGGCAAUUAACGACAACAUAGCAGAUUUACCGCAUGCUCGAGAAACUCUCAUACAUUAUGUCUGUUCCAUUCUUCCAAAAUGUCCUGCACCAGAAAUCGAAGUUUCCGGCGACUAUAACGAAGCUCGGGAUCAACUUUCUUCUGCGAACAUUAAAUCAUAUACUCAUAUAUUUAUAAAUUUAGCUUCGCAAACCCAAAUUAUUUCAUUAGCUACGAUAAUAAAACGCGCGAUUCAUCUUUCCUUGACCGUUACUGUGAUAUUAACAACGCCCAUUCAGCGAGCGGGUAUUGUGGAGGGCACGCAAAAUGACUUACCUGAACGCGUUGAUUUUAUUUUUAAACCCCUAAAUAGAAGUAAGAUGGAAGGUCUAUUUGAUGUCACGACGACAGUAAGAGAGAACUUUUUGAAAAGAAGAAACACGCAUAAAAUCGUUGCGAGUCAAAAGGAAGUGUUUAAGCGUAUGGCCGCAGACGUAGGCGAUAAAGGAUUCCGAGUUUUGCUGGUUGAAGACAAUGAAGUUAAUCAGAAAGAUGGAUAUGAGACGGCAGCAGAAAUCCGAACGUGGGAAGUAAAAAAUUUAAAAAAUGAAUCACCAGUGCCAAUAAUAGCUCUUUCGGCGAACGUAAUGUCCGACGUGGCAAAUAAGUGCCGUGAAGUUGGGUUUACUAAUUACAUUAGCAAACCUGUGAACUUUUCCACAUUAAGUGAUGUUAUAAGGGAGAUGUUAAUUGGUAAAUCAAGUAUUUAUAACAAUAAUCAUGAAGGAUGUGGUAAAGAUUGUGCAGAAGAUGACGUAUCAUGA